GCCCGGAGGAGUGUAACUGUUGGGAGGAAGUCUGUAAUUGGUGAUUUAUAUGAGAGGAGGAGAAAUUUUGCAUUUAGUUUGAAUUUUCCAGAUUUUAAACAUUUUUCCAUUUCUUCUCCUUCUCCUGAAUUUUGCGGAAUGAUUUUUACGGAUGAAGAAGUGCCGCCGGAGUAUGAGAGGGUGGGAGAUGAUUCCAGCGGCGGUUGCUACUCGAUCGACGAGGGGCUUACCGCUGCAGGGUUUGGGAAAUUCCAGUUCUGGGUGCUAGCUUACGCAGGGCUGGGCUACCUUGUGGACGCCAUGGAAGUGAUGAUUCUGUCCUUUAUUGGGCCCUCUGUUAAGUCCGUUUGGGGGCUCUCCGAUUCCCAGGAGGCCUUUAUCACCACCGUUGUUUUCACAGGCAUGCUCAUCGGAGCUUAUUCCUGGGGGCUCUUCUCUGAUCGUUAUGGAAGAAGGAGGGCUAUACUGAGCAUAGCAAUAGUGACUGCCAUAUCAUCUCUUUCAAGCGCUUUUUCCAUGACUUAUAUAUACUUGCUCAUUCUUCGUUCUAUGGUUGGUACUGGCCUGGGUGGCGCAUCUGUUUACUUUUGUUGGUUUCUAGAGUUUGUGCCUCCUCGAAACCGGGGCAUCUGGAUGGUUAUCUUUUCAACAUUCUGGACUCUUGGAGGUAUUCUUGAGGCUGUUUUGGCAUGGAGUGUAUUUUAUUGACGGUGCUGGAAUGCAGAGAAAUAGGAGUCAAAACACUGUUUUCAUAUCGACGGAGUCUAUUUUUGACAUUUGGACUCUUACACCACUCCAAAUGGUCUAAGAAUCACCCAAGGUUGAAUCUCAUGAAUGACGACAACGUCGACAAGUCGACAAUGACAACAACAACCCCCGACCUGUCCUCCUGUAUCCAAGUGACCCCCUUAUGGGCAAAAGUAUUCAUGUAAAACUUUUCAAUAGAUCUUGUAAAUAGUGUCGAAUGAUUUACGGUAUCCACUAAGCUUCUAGGAGCAAAGACUGGUGGGAAACCUUGUGUUGAGGGCUUCAACGUAUUAAUGUUUUUUAUUAAUCUUUAUGUUGUAGCAUCAUGUUCUAGGAUUUUUUCCUCUUCUCCCACCUCCCUCAUUGAUUAUCAAAUAAUGGUGUGUCAUUCGUUGGAGUGUUUAGAGCCCCACCCACUUCUGCUCCGGUCCGGUCCAAUAAUAACUACAGUACAAAACUAGUUAAAAGAAAAGAAUGAGAUAAAUUACAUUUGGAGUAUAAGACAUAUUAUUAAAUGCAUUAGUUUCUUUUGUAAAUCUUUGUUCUACUUUUGGUGUGACCCGUCUCCCAACAGUGGGGGCCCUUGGAGAUGGGGUGUCAUCCUUUUUUGUAUGGCUCCGUCACGGAAUGUGAGAAUUCAUUUACUCAAUAUUUAUUUCAUGUAUACCUAGGUGAAUACAAGUGUAUAGACAUUUCUUUGAUAUAUUACUAUAGGUUGUUAUGCCAAAGUUGGGUUGGAGGUGGUUGCUUGCACUAUCAUCGAUACCAUCAUUUGCCACACUUGCCUUUUAUGGUCUCAUAGUAGAAUCUCCUAGGUACCUGUGUUCCAAGGGAAGGGUAAAAGAUGCUCACAGUAUCUUGCAAAGGAUGGCUGCGGUGAACAAAACCAAACUUCCAACUGGAAUGCUUGUUUGUGAGAAAACUAUUGGUGCCAAUGAAGAAGCUUUACCAUCAAAGGAAACAGGCAAUUGUGCUAAUCUUAGAGGCGGAUUCUCUUCUCCGUUUGCAAUAUUGUCACCCAAAUUAAUGGGAACUACCCUUCUCAUAUGGACACUGUAUUUUGGGAAUGCAUUUUUGUAUUAUGGAGUUAUACUAAUGACCUCAGAGCUUAGCAGUGGCCAAACUAAAUGCCUCUCAACUACUUCAUCAGGCUUGAGCAGUAACUCUAACCUAUAUAGAGAUGUCUUUUUCACCAGUCUAGCAGAGGUUCCUGGUCUUAUUUUAGCAGCAACCUUGGUGGACAAAGUUGGUCGGAAAAUUACAUUGGCGCUUAUGUUCGCAUUGGGCUUUCUCUUUGUAUUACCAAUUGGUUUACAUCAGAAUGAGACUUUAACCACUUUCUUAUUAUCCGGAGCUCGUAUGUGUUUCAUUGGGACAUUCACAAUUGCUGUGAUAUAUUGCCCUGAGAUAUAUCCAACUUCUGUGAGGAACACAGGGGCCGGAGUUGCCAACUCGGUAGGGCGAAUUGCAGGGAUGAUAUGUCCCAUGGUUGCUGUUCAAUUGGUUAACGGCUGUGAAAUAAAGGCAGCGAUAUUUUUAUUUGAGGUUGUAGCGAUUGUUGCAGGAGUUGCUGUUCUGCUAUUCCCUAUAGAAACCAAAGGUCAAGGGCUAGUUGAUACAUUAGUUCCAUGAACUAAGAGACUAUAUGGGGUGUUUGCCAAAUUAUGUUAGCUAGUUGUCAAUAGCACAUUCAAUCAACGAGUUUGACUAGCGGAAUAAGUUAGUGGGUUGUCAGAAAAUGUUUAAAUUAGUCGAAAGCAUCAUAUCUAAAGCGCUAACUCAAAACUCUCCUAUUAACAAUGUUUUUAUUUAACCAAUUUUAUCCAAAAACGUUUGUGCUGAGCAGCU